UCUCCAUUGGUUUCUACGGGCGUCGCUGUCUCUACAUAUAUACUGCCAGGGUUAGAGUAACUAGCUAACUACCUUUUAGAAUAUUUGUGUUGAAUUGAAAGUUGUCUCAACUGCGAUUCUCAAGUACAAUUUAAAACGCCUAUAAGGAAGGAUUUCUUCCCAUAUUCUUCUGUCCUCUUCUGUUUCGGAAUUGUAGCUUAUUAUAGCUAAAGUGUCGCUCACACAUGGAGCUGCCAUGCAUUUCUUAGAUACCGGUAAGGAAAUAAAGUCAGUAACGUCAGCUAUUGAAGAACCUCGCAAAGGAAAACCCAGGUUGGAUUAUGACUGGUUUAUUGGCACGAUGAGAUGUUUACACAAAUUUGAGGUGACUGGGAUUUGAGAAGUGGCUGUAUCUCAGAGAAAUAUUGUAUCUUCAGGGGAAAUGACAGAAUUUAAACACCUAAAGGAAGAAACAUGCGUAGAAUCCGAGGUGAAUAUUUCAAAGGAGCAGGAAGACCAAAAGUGUGCUGCAGCUUCUCAAGCCCUUCAGCAUGAAGACACAACAGGAGGUGGCAGCACUGAGGGACAGGAGUGUGCAGAAGAUGGUUCAGACACUGUAGCUGACCCAAAGGAGAAGGAGAAGGAGAUGGGAGACUCCACAAAUCACUCCUCAGUCAAAAGACCCCGUAAAUCUGAUAAAUCCCUCCUGUUCCAGCAGUUGGUGAAGCUGUUUUUUGGCUGCCUAGCAGCAGUGACAUGUGGCAUGAUAUACGCUGUGUACCUCUCCACCUACCAUGAGAGGAAAUUCUGGUUCUCCAGUAGACAGGAGUUGGAACGGGAAAUCACCUUUCUGGGUGGCAGUGGCCUCUACUACUACUACUACAAGCACAUGCUGGCUGUACCGUCCUUCGAGAGAGGGAUGCAGGAGCUGAUGCAUGAUAACAGGACCGUCUCCUCUCAGACCAUCAACGCUGUGGAGCAGCUGUUCUUGUACCCUGAGCUCGUCACCAGCUUCCUGUACAGAGUUACAGGGAGCCAGGAUGUGAUAGAGCCGGUCUACUUCUACAUUGGUGUGGUGUUCGGCCUGCAGGCUGUGUACGUGACGGCGCUCUUUGUGUCCAGCUGGGUGAUGAGUGGCACCUGGGUGGCGGGAAUGCUGGCUGUGGCGUGGUACAUCAUCAACAGGCCAGACACGACCAAAGUGGACUACGCUAUUCCUCUGAGGGACAACUGGGCUCUGCCUUACUUCUCCUGCCAGGUGGUGGCCUUAACCGGGUUCCUCAGGAACUGCAACAGCUCUGCUACAGAGAUGUUCUGCUAUCUCCUGAUGGGAGCUUCCACCUUCACCUUCAUCCUGAUGUGGGAGUACAGUCAUUAUGUGCUCUUUGUCCAAGGCCUGGCCCUCUUCCUCCUAGACUGCUUCGACCUCGUACAGCCUCGCAAGAUGGCAGACAUUCACAAGGUGUACCUGUGCUCGGUGGUCCUGGCAUAUGUGCUGCAGUUCCAGAACCCCAGCCUGCUCAGCUCCCCUCUUCUCAGCCUCCUUGCCGCCUCCACAGUCGCCAGGUACCUGCAGCACAACCUGAAGAUGGGUUCCCUGGUGGCUAGGCUGAUGAAGAUCCUGCUGCAUUUCUACUUAGUCUUUACUAUAGGGAUGACCUUCAGCUAUGUUGUGAAGAGAAUCAUGCCUGUCAAUGAAAGCGACCACAUGUUAAAAUUCCUUGAAGUGAAAUUUGGACUAAACACAACAACGGACUUUGUGCCAAACCUGUUGCUGUGCCAGGAGGGCUUCCAGUCCCCCAGCCAAGACUUCUUCCUGCGCCUGACGCAGGCCUCCGUUCUCCCCUUCUAUCUGCUGGUGCUGCUGGUGUGCUUGCUGUCCAUACUGCAGGCCAUCUACAGGAGGCUCAGUGGAGAACCAAUGAAAUCCAACCUCAGGCUGGAAGAUGGGCGAAUAGGAGAGAAGCCAGAGGUCAUCUACCAUGUGUUUCACACAUUGCUUUUUGGCAUGCUAGCAAUGGUGUUUGAGGGGAUGAAGUACUUGUGGACGCCCUAUGUUUGCAUGUUUACGGCGUUUGGCGUGUGCUCCCCAGAGUUGUGGAUGACCGUAUUCAAGUGGUUCAAGCUAAAGUCUGUCCACCCUGUGGUCCUGGCUCUUAUUUUGAGUACAGCGGUUCCUACAAUCAUUGGUUUCAGUUUGUGGAGGGAGUACUUCCCACGUGUGAUCUCAGAACUGACUGAGCUACAGGAGUUCCAUGAACCAGACACAGUAGAGCUGAUGAACUGGAUCAAGAGGCAGGCUCCUGUGACAGCAGUGUUUGCAGGCAGCCCUCAGCUAAUGGGGGCAGUGAAGCUGUGUUCAGGCUGGACUGUGACCAGCCUGCCCCUCUACACUGACAUCAACCUGCUGAGGAGGAGUGAGAACAUUUACCAGGUCUAUGCAAUGAGGCCUGCAGAGGACAUCUACAAGAUCCUGACGUCGUACAAGGCCAGCUACGUGAUCAUCGAAGAGACACUCUGCGCUGAAAUGAGCCCUGUAAAGGGCUGUCGAAUUAAAGACCUGUUAGACAUCUCUAAUGGACAUAUAAUGUAUGAGAAAGGAGAGAUGUAUGCCUUUUCCAAGUACCGACGAUUCUGCCACGAGAUCAAGAUGAACUAUUCCCCCUACGUCAACUACUUCACCAGAGUCUUCUGGAACCGCUCAUACCAUGUCUACAAAGUCAACUCUGUCAUCUCCUUCCAGUACUGAGAGCUCUGCAGACCAAACUUAUCUGUUUCUGUGCGAAUGGAGACAGCUGUGGUCUUUUCACAGCAGACUGUCACAAAGACGCUUUAUAUAGUAAACAGAAGGGAAGAAAAAUGGGAAAUAUCAGCCCUAACCCCCAAAUCAUUCUACAGGACAAUUUGCUCUAACAAAUGGGCAGAAUAGCUUAGUCUAUUUGGUGUGCUUGUAAGUAUUCCAGAAUGUUGGUUUCAGAUUUCAUUAGUUAAUGAUGUUAGUCAGAUGGAUGUACUCAUCCAUGCUCUGCUGUACAUUGUUCAUGUGGCGUUCGCAAUAAUUGUGUGUGUAAUCACUUGUAUGUAUAACGUGGUAUAUGUACUGGCUUGUGUGUGUGUGUGUGUGUGUGUGUGAGAGAGAGAGAAACCCUUGUUUAGGGUUUUCUGUGAUGUCAAUGACCAUGUGUGUGACCAUAGAUAAGAGUCCCCUGCAGUGCUGUGUACAGGUGAUCCUGCCUUACCACUCAAUAGCAACCUAUGUGGUCAAUCUAGCACCUGCAGUAUUUGUGCAGUCCUCCAGCUCAAUAGCUGUGAAGCUUGGCUUUGGGAUUACAGAGUGAAAAGUGGUUGGCUGACUGCAAAGUAUGCUUAUGUGCAAUCUCCCCAGUUAAUAGAGUACUCUGCCGUGCUGGAAGGAGAGAAUGGGGGAAAAAACUCAAGUUGGGAAAGAAAAUAAGGGAUUGUUAGUGUAAUUCUGCCACUGAUGCGAGUGCUCUAUGCUCGCAUCAUAACCUAGGUCAGUUCAGUACAUUACCCCUUAGUCAUCAAAUUCAGCAGAAUUUCCAUUUCUAACUGCCUGUUAAUGCUGUGGAAUAUAACAUUUUCUUACUUAAGACAUACAGUGCAUGUUUAUUUAUUAAAUUACCCAUACUUCAUAUAAAUGGCCAAAUAGACUGCAGUGCUACCUGGCUAUCUGCUGUGAUGCAAAUGGCGAAAUGUCAAAUGAGGGCAAGCGGUGCUCACCUCAAAGCCUGAUGGGUAGUGAAGGCUGGCCCAGAGACUACCCAUUGAACUAUAUACAAGGGGUAUUACACUUUCACCUUAUUUAUAUUUAUUCAAAAAGGUGUAUGUGCUUUUCCUUACUGAAGGCUUUGACUCCACUGUUGGCCUACCUGAGGUCCUUUAUCAAAUCCCAGCCAUCCUUAAACAUUGUUACUGUAAUAGGUUUUGCAUGAUGUCGAGUACAAGGUCAUUUGCUGCUGUAAAAUGGAGCUCAAACAAUGAUAGCUUGUAUGGGAUUGUCUCUCUGUUAUGUCUCGCUUGCCUUGGUGUCCUUCCUAGUAUGUUGCCGAUCUGUCAUGUCACUGUACCCUGAAAGGUCUGCAUUUGUGAAUGCCUAUUUUUGUAGGCUGAAGUUGGAAUAUGAACAUUAAGUUUAUUUUCAGAUGAUAGCAAAGAAACUGUCCAUGACCUAUACCUGCAAUUAAAUGCUUUAUAUUUUU